AUGGCAUAUCAUUCUAGGCAGAACUCGAUAUCGUCAUCGAUAAUAUCAAGUUCCAACGUUGGACAUCCUCAAAAAAUUGGACCUUGGAAAUUAGGUAAAACCUUAGGCAGUGGUGCUACAGGAAGAGUCUUAUUAGCUACCCAUCAAACCACUGGUCAAAAAGCUGCCGUCAAAGUAGUAUCCAAAUCAGAAUUACAAGAUGAAGAUAAUCCUCAUAAAAAAUCAAACAAUGAACCUGGAUUACCUUAUGGUAUUGAAAGAGAAAUCAUUAUCAUGAAAUUAUUAACUCAUCCAAAUGUCUUACGUUUAUAUGAUGUUUGGGAAACUUCAAAAGCUUUAUACUUAGUAUUAGAAUAUGUUGAAGGAGGAGAAUUAUUCGAUUUAUUAGUUGAAAGAGGUCCAUUGGAUGAAGCUGAAGCCAUUAAAUAUUUCAGACAAAUUAUAUUAGGUACUGCUUAUUGUCAUGCCUUAGGGAUUUGUCAUAGAGAUUUAAAACCAGAAAAUUUAUUAUUAGAUGCUUCUUUAAAUGUUAAAUUGGCUGAUUUUGGUAUGGCUGCUUUAGAAAGUAAUGGAAAAUUACUUGAAACUUCUUGUGGUUCACCUCAUUAUGCUGCUCCUGAAAUCGUUAGUGGAUUAAAAUAUCAUGGUGCUGCAUCUGAUGUUUGGUCUUGUGGGGUUAUUUUAUUUGCUCUUUUAAGUGCAAGAUUACCAUUUGAUGAUGAAAAUAUUAGAAAUCUUUUAUUAAAAGUUCAAGCUGGUACUUAUGAAAUGCCAGAUGAAUUAAGUAAUGAUGCUAAAGAUUUAAUCAAUAAAAUGUUAACCGUUGAUCCAAUUAAAAGAAUUCCAACUGAAAAAAUCUUACAUCAUCCUUUAUUAAAUAAAUAUCCAAUUCCAAAUGAAGAUUUAAUUAGUGUGAAAUCUUUACCUCAUCCUGAAACAGCAUAUAAAUCUUUAGGUUCAGCUAAAAAUAUUGAUAGACAAAUCUUAUCUAAUUUAUCAAUCUUAUGGCAUGAUAGAGAUGAACAAGAUAUUGUUAAAUGUUUAUUAAAAAAUGGUCAAAAUCCAGAAAAAACAUUCUAUGCAUUAUUAAUGAGAUAUAGACAUAAUCAAGAUAAUCAAAGUACCACAAAUACUCCUCGAAAAGGAAGUAUUAGACGUAAUGGUUCAGCAAAUACUCCAAAAAGAAAAAGACAAAGUCAAAAAAAUGUUUCAAGACCAACUUCAUUUCAAUAUAGAAAUGGUAAUCCAAAUAAAAUCAUAAAUGGAGCUAAUGGGAAAAUACUGGCUUCUUCAAGUGUCAAUAAUUCUCCUCGUAAAAGAUUUUCUUAUGCUGCUCAAUCUCCAAGAUCUCCUUUCAGAUCUCCUAGAAAAUAUGGUCAACCUUUGGAAGAUGCAAGUCGUUUACCUGUGAUUCCAAGAAAUAUCUAUAAUGAAAUCAAUAAUGCUCAAUCAUUUUCAAAUGUGGGAUCUUAUCAAUCAAUGCCACCUUCAUUACCUUCAAAGGAUACUAAGGAAAAUCCAAUUGUGGAUGAAGUUAGUUUAAUGACUUCAGCAAAGAUAGAUAAACGUAAUUCAAUCAUAAAGAAAAGCAAUUCCAGGAAUAGAUUAUCCAAGAGAAUGUCUAUGCGUGCCUCGAUGACUACUGGUUUGAAGAGAAAUUCCAUUACUAUGAAAUUAUUAUCUACUUAUGCUAAAUUAUCUGGUGAUAAUGAAUGGGAAUAUGUUGAUAAACAAGCUAAAAGAACUUCAGCUACAUUUGCUACUUUAUGUGAUAAGAUUUUCAAUCAAGAAGAUUAUAAUGAAGAUGAUGAAAACUUAGUCGAUGAAGAAGAAAAACAAGCUAAAGAAUAUGAAAGAUUGAUGGAAAUUGAAAGAAAGAAAUAUGAAUCUGAAUUAAAAGCUAGAAAAGAAUUAGAAAAGAAAAGAAAAAGAGAAAAGAGAAAAUCAUUAUUAAGUUCUAGAAAAUUAAGUAUUUUAAUUAGAGAUGAUAAUGCUGCUGAAGGAGCCAAUAAUAGUGAACAUGAUAUUACUUCCAAUGGUAGUGAAAUAAAUCAACCAAAGAGACAAUCUAAAUAUGCUCCAGCAUUAAGAUCAUUAUCUGAAGGUAAUCCAGUCUCAGAUGAAUUAACUCAACAAGAUCUUGAUAAUUUUAAACGUAGAUCGGCCACUCAACCAAUUCCAAAGAGAAGACAAACUCCAGUAUUGACAAGAAGACCAGUAUCUAAAUUAGAUCCAUUAUGGCAAGCUUAUGAAAAUGAAGAAUUAAACAAAGCCAAAGACGCUUUGGAAGCAGAAUGGAGACAAAAUAAUAGAAACAAGAGAAAGUCGAAUCGGGAAUCGAUUGUUCAUAAGAAUAAUAAGAGAGAUUCAAUGAUCUCAGUUAUUGAUGAUCAUGUCAAUAAUAAUGGUCAAAGAGUAUCUCGAGAAAAUGAUUAUGAAAAUGAUCCUCAUUAUGAAUUACCUGAACCGGAUAUGGAUGAUUCCAAUUUAAGUGAAGAAUAUCAAUCAGAAAUUAGAAAAUCUAGAUUAUUAAAUUCUCAAUUAAACUUAAAGGGUAGUUUAGUCAAGAAGGAUUCUAAACAAGAACCAAAAACUUUAAUUGGUAAUGUUAAGAUUCCUAAUGUUACUAGAAAAUCCAGAAACUUCACUAAUUCAAAUAAAAGAUUAUCAGUUUUAUCAAUGUAUUCUACUAAGGAAUCAUAUCAUGAUUUAAGUUCCAUCAUAAAUACUCAUGCUGAAGGUCAUGAAUAUGAUCAUGACCAUGAUGCACCAAAUGGUACUUUACCUGGUUUAAGAACUAGUUUCGCUGAUAGAUUAGAUAAAGCAGGAUUGGUGGAAGAAGAUGAUGAUGAAGAGCCAUUGGAUGAAGGUUCAAUUAUGGAUUUUGAAGAACAUUUGGCUAAUAAAAGACAAUCAUAUUAUGGUCCAACUAGUAAAAGAAAUUCAAGAUAUAGUAGUGUGGUUAAAAGUAAUGGUCAAAGACCUACUUCUAAAUUACCUCAAUUACCUACUGAUGAUGAAUUAGAAGAAAUUGAUGAUUAUACAUUUGCUACUAAGAAUGAUGCAGUUCAUAAUAGAAAGAGUCAUAGUUCUUCCAAACAUCAUUCAACUAAACCUUUGAGUGAUGAUGAAGAUGAUGAUGAUAGUGCGUUAUUUGAUAAUAUCAAAUUACCAGAUGCUAAUGGUCAAAGAGAUUCAGUAGCAACUAGUAAAGCUGACUCUAACAGAAGAAAACCUAAAUCCAUGUUACCAAGUGCAGAAUCUAUGUUAAUACCUGAUAUGAGUAAAGUACCUAAACAUAACAACAAUUCUCAACCAAAAUCAAAACCACAACCAUAUCAAAAGGUCCGUCAACCAAAAAGCAACAAUGGAAUUCCACCUACUCCACCAACUUCAAAUACCAAUAAGAAACCAUUGGCUGAUGCCACUAAUAAACCAGAGGAAAAGAGAAGUAGGAGUAUAUUCAGAAAAUUAUCAUGGGGAUCUAAGAAAACUAUGGAUGAACCAGUGGCUCAAUUACCAUCACCCGCUGAUUCAAGAGCUGGUUCUAUCGAAGUUAAGAAAUCAAGUGGGAGUGGAUUCUUUGGAUGGUUCUCUUCAUCAAGUAAUUCAAGAGUUGAUGGUGACUUCAAGAGAUUCAAUACUAUACUUCCAAAAUAUGAAAUGUCAACUGCUUUAUUUGCAUUAUUAAAUUCAUGGUCUAAUUUUGGUUUAAAGAAUUUGAAAAAUGAUUUACAUGGUUUUAAUAUUACUGGAUCAAUCUCAACUAAUAAUGCAUUUAAUUUAAAGAGUUGUAAAUUCAGAAUUAAGAUUAAUGCCAGAGAUUUUAAUCAAAAAUCAGAAAUUGUUUGUGCUAGAGUUAAAGGUUCAAAGACAACUACUGAUACUUUGUUCAAAGAAAUUGAAAAGGUUUUACGUAAAGAAGGAGUAUUGGAUAAUUAA